AUGACCUCAACCUUUUUGUUCUCUACUCGAUUAAACGGAAAUCAAUUUCAAGACGAACACAGAGGAGACACUUUGGGUGGUUUAAGUGACAACAAUCAUUAUGACGAUGAUGAUGAUGAUGAUGCAAGUCACCGGAAUGCAAAUAAUGCUAUCACCACAAAAGCCAAAGUGGAAAUUUCUGUGUAUUUAAAGUUGCUUUUCAUAAGGAUAAUUAAUUAA